AUGGAGGUUAAAGUUUUGUCAAGAGAAACUAUUAUACCUUCGUCCCCAACUCCCCCUCAUCUUCAAACCUUUCAACUUUCACUUCUUGAUCAAUUGUCUCCGAUGCUUUAUAUUCCACUUUUAUUUUUCUACCCCAUGAAAACAAAUUAUGAUAUUGAUCACCAAGAUCCUAAGAAAACAAUUGCUACCCUAAAAAAUUCUUUAUCAAAAACUCUUAGUCGUUUUUACUUAUUGGCAGGAAGAAUCACUGACAAAUCCAUCCAUUGUAAUGAUAAAGGAGCUGUUUUUCAAGAAGCAACCGUAAGCUGCAACAUGUUUGAGAUCCUUAAAGAACCAAACAGCGAGGUUUUAGCAAAACUCCUCCCAUGUUCUUUGUCGUGUACUACUAAGCCAAUUGAAGAAUAUACUCAAAUUGUUGUUCAAGCCAACAUCUUCAAAUGUGGUGGAAUUGCAAUAUCUCUUUGUUUAUUGCACAAGCUUAUAGAUGCAGCUACUUUCAGUUGUUUUCUAAGAUCAUGGGCCACCACCAACAGAGAAUUAUUAUUAUCUUUUGAUUCAUCUCCAAAUAACAAUAUGGCAUGUUAUGACUACAAUUCUUUUUCUUCCCUCUUUCCACAAACAAAUUUGUUGCCUUUUCAUAAAGCGGCCGUAACGUUGAGUACUACUCCCGCUCGUAAACAUCAUUUACAAAGAUUCGUUUUCCGAUCAAAAGCGAUAUUAGACCUAAAAGCUAAAGCCAAAUCUAGUGAUGUACCAAAUCCAACAUGUGUUGAAACACUAACUGGGUUUAUUUGGAAAUAUGCCAUGAAAGUUGCUGAUCAUGAUAAUUCUCAGAAGCAAUCAACUUUGUCUCAUGUUGUAAACAUGAGGAAGAUAAUAGAACCAUCAUUGCCUGAAGAUUCUGUGGGGAACAUUCUGUGGGGCACAGUUGCUCAUUAUUAUUCAACCACAAGCCAUGAAGAAAUGGAGGAUUUGGAGCUAAGCAAAUUGGUAAGUCUGUUGAGACAAUCAUUUAAAAAAGUCAACAAUAAAGAAUACAUAAAAGAGUUGAUAAUGGAAUCUGAUAAAGGAAGAAGUGAUGGUGUUAUGAAGUUGGUUGGUGAGAUAAAUAAGUGUCCAUUAUCAAAUUAUUACUUUUUCACAAGUUGGAAAAAUAUGAAUUUGAAUGAAGUUGAUUUUGGGUGGGGAAAACCUUUAUGGUUUGCCAUUGCUGGGGAUUCAAAUGAGAUGAUGAAGGGUAAUUUUGUUAUUUUGUUAGAUAGUGUAUUGGAUGAUGGCUCAAUGGAGGCAUGGAUUCUAUUAGAUGAAAAAAAAAUGCAACUUUUAGACCAAAAUCAACAAUUUCUUGAGUUUGCAUUGCUGAAUCCAAGUAUAAAUUUCCCAUGAGAAAUUUGAUGAGAUUUUUCUAUAAUAAAACUAAUCUCUCUAUGUUAUUGUCUAAAGAAUGAGCAUAU